UCCAAACCUGCGGACUUCGCCUCAGACUGACCAGGCACUCACACACGCCCCCCAAACAUGCUGGACUCGCUAACGUUUCUCCUCGAGAAGCUUUUUCUUCUCACUAACUUCCACGUGUUCAACAAAAAGUCGUGGUCGGCGGACGAGUGCGGACCGAAAACAACGACAACAGCGCCCCCCUUCAAGAGAGGCGACCUGCUGGAAGUGCAGCGCACUCUCUUCAUCCACUUUGGCAUCUACCUGGGGGACAACAAAGUGGCUCACCUGAUGCCGGACAUCAUGCCGGUGCUGACCAACGAUCAGAGGCUAAUCACGACGGUGGUGACCAACAAGAGGCUCAUUCUGGGCUGCAUUUACAGGAACGCGAGCAUACGAGUCGACUCGGUGGAGGACUUCGCGUACGGCGCCAGCAUCCUGGUCAACGACAUGGACAGGAGGGUGAAAACGCCGGCCAUGUCGAACGAGGACGUGGCCAGAAGAGCCGAGAAGCUCGUCGGGGCCAUUCCGUACAGCUUGCUGUGGAAUAACUGCGAGCAUUUUGUCACUUACUGCAGAUACGGGACACCUGUGAGCCAGCAGACGGAGAAGUUCUGUAAUUGUCUGAAAAUGGCCAUCCGUGACCAAAGAAGCGUGCUUCUGACUGUCCUUCUGGGAGUGAUGUCCAUCGUGUGCUUUGGCCUGGCACCCUCGACUACAUUACCCACAAUCCUAAUACCCUUCACUCUAUGGAUGGCUGGCUGAGCUGCUCUUUAUAGACUACAGACAUGAAACACUAGUCUCCAAAUGGACUACUGAUGAUAAAGCAUUACAGCAGCCUCUGACCCUGUCUAAACUGUCAUUCAGUUUGAUCAUAGAGCCAAGCGAUGCUGACAUGUGGUUUGUAUUUUUGGUGCAAUUUGCAGUUACAGUACUUGAUAGCUCAUAGUUAUAUUCCAUAAGCAAGGAAGACUGUACAGCCUCAUAAAGAUGCACACUGAAAGUAACGUUUCAAGAGAAGUCCAAAAGAAGUGGUGCCAACACUGAGAGCGGAUGGAAUGUAAGAAUGGUAAAGUGCCUUAUUUAUAUGACGGUGGAUGUCAUAUUGCUUUACUCUGUGUAUAGAUCGCCAUGUAAGACAUGUAUUUGCACACAAUCAUCUUUAUUUUUUUAAGCACUGACACAAGUUGACUGUAAAUCUGUAUUGUAAAGUAGUGUACAUUUUAAAUGUUGAAUUCUUGUGUAGUAUAA